AUGGUAGAACGGCUUCUCCCUGUACACGGAACUGAUUGCGGAUUUCUUAGGCAGCUCAUGGCAGACCAAAAUGGUCACAUUGAUCUUGGCCCACCAAGGGAAGCGGUGGCAGGUGUAGGCUUCCCAGCUCCUCCCCCACCCAUCUACGCCUGCACCCUUACUCCUGAACUAGUGGCCAAGGCACGGGAAGAGCUCCAGGAGAAGCCCGAAUGGAGGCUGCGGGAUGUCCAGGCAUUACGAGAUAUGAUACUGAAAGACCACCCUAAUCUGAGGACAAGAUUAGAUGAUGCAUUUCUGCUGCGCUUCCUCAGGGCCAGAAAGUUUGAUUAUGAUCGGGCCCUUCAGCUACUCUUGAAUUAUCAUGCCAGCCGGAAAGCCUGGCCUGAGGUGUUCCAGGACCUGAAGCCCUCCACAGUGAAGCACGUCCUAGAUCUGGGUUUUCUCACCGUCCUGCCUAGACCAGACCCUAAUGGACGCUACAUACUGUGUUUACGACCAGGUAAAUGGAAGCCUAAUGAUUACCCAUUUGUGGACAACAUUCGGGCUAUUUAUUUAACACUGGAGAAGCUGAUUCAGCCUGAGGAAACCCAAGUCAAUGGAAUUGUUAUCCUGGUGGAUUAUGCAGGAGUUGGCCUCUCUCAAGCCUCUAAUCCAGGACCGCUGUUGGCAAAGAAAGUUGUCAGUAUCCUUCAGGAUGGCUUCCCAAUCAGAAUAAAGGCUGUAAACAUUAUAAACGAGCCACGUAUCUUCAAGGGUAUUUUUGCGAUAAUUAAACCAUUUCUGAAAGAGAAAAUGGCAGAGAGGUAUGUCCUUCACGGUUCAGACUUGGCCUCUCUCCACCGAGUCAUUCCCCAGUCUGUGCUGCCUCAAGAGUAUGGAGGAGUGGCUGGAAGACUUGACAUGUCUGCCUGGUCCAGAACCCUGCUGGAGGCUGAGGAAGAGUUUGUGGUGGAGUUCUGUCAGCCGGAUCCUCUGGAGGGCGUCAUUAUGCCAGACUCCUUGCUGUUUGACGGAGAGCAAGCUGGCGCACAUGGAGAGGACUCCUUCAGACAUCUACGUUCCCAGCUUUAUUAUUGUUACUGACCUACUGGCAACGUGCAACUGCUUCUUUUGAAACAUGGGGUAGCUAGGACCAACUAUGUAUUCACAGGUCACCGGAUGACCCUGACCGUUUAAAAUAUCUAGUACAGGCAGGCAUUUAGAUGCUGGAUAUAUACUUAUUGCUAUGGCUUAAUCUGGUUACCAUCCUUUUGAGAAGGAACCUUGGGUUUUAAUCAGUGUCUGUAUUUAUUACAAUGAGUAUUUAAAUGUCUAAAAUAGUUUUCUUCACUACAUCAUUUUAUUUUACACCUCAAAUAAUGCUUGCCUUAAUUUACAGGGAAAAUUACAUAGUUAGAAAGAUUAAUUAAAUAGAAGAUUUAGAUAGCACAUUGAAGAUAAUGGCCCAUGUCAGUUGAAGUCAACAAUGUACCAAAUGUUUACCAAAAUAAGAGGUAUUAUACAAAUUGCAUGUUAUUUUUUAUUUAGUACUGACCUGAAUGUUACCUGAAUGAUGCACAGCUGUGUUUUCUUUUUUUUGUUUAGUGAUAGUUGUUUAUGAGUCCCUUAUUUGUCCUGAACAGUUGAACUGCCUGCUGUUCUUCAGAUAAAUCCCUCAGGUCCCACAAAUUCUUUGGGUUUUCAGCAUUUUUGUGUAUUUGAACCCUUUCCAACAAUGACUGUAUGAUUUUAAGAUCCAUCUUUUCACACUGAGGACAACUGAGGGACUCAUAUGCAACUGUUACAGAAGGUUCAAAUGCUCACUGAUGCUUUAGAAAGAAAAACAAUGCAUUAAGAGCCGGAGGGUGAAAACUUUUGAACAGAAUGAAGAUGUGCACUUUUUUUUUUUUUUUUUUACCUAAACAUAAUAUUUUUGUCAUUUAGUACUGCCCUUCAGAAGCUACAGAAGAUACUUGCAUGUUUCCCAGAAUACAAAAUAAUUUAAAUUUACCCUGAUCAUCAAAUUCAAAUCAUACAGUCAUUGUUGGAAAGAGUUCAAAUUCACAAAAAUGCUGAAAAAUCAAAGAAUUUGUGGGACCUGAAGGAUUUUUCUGAGGAAGAGAAGGCAGUUUAGUUGUUCAGGACAAACAAGGGACUCAUGAACAACUAUCACUAAACAAACAAACAAAAAGAUGUGGAUAAUUCAGGUAACAACACAGUAUUUAGAAUUAAGUGUAUGUAAACUUUUGAACAGUGUAAUUUUUUUUUAAUAAAUUCAACUAUUAUUUUCUCUAGUUGACUAUAUGUAAACAUCUUUUAUGUGAAAUAUCUUAUUCAGGUCAGUAAUAAAUAAAAAAUAACAUGCAUUUUGUAUAAUCCCACUUACUUUGGUAAAAUAACUAACAUUUUGCAGAUUCUACAAGGUGUAUGUGCACUUUUGACCUCAACUGUAUAUCCAAAGCAAUAACAAUGUGCAUUUUUAAAUUUGUGGACAGCUCUACAAUAUUUUGUUUUCCUUAUUUAUAUCUUUUACUGUUCGCAAAUGUUCGUUACAUUUUUGUACACACAAUACCUUUGUCACAGUAAGUUACGUGAUAAGCUUUAAAAAUUGUUCAGCAUCACAUUGGUACAUUUACAGCAUUAAGCUGAGGUGAGUUAGCUCCGUAUAUGUAAUAUUUUUAAAUUUAAGUGGCCAAUAUAAAAAUCACAAUGUUUGUGUGCAUAUUGUCAUUUGCCAAAAUAGUUUAGAUGGACAUUAACCUUUAAUGUUGUAUACACCUUGUAAAGAUAACUGGUUUGUUUUAUUGUAAGAAAUAAGGGAUGUAAUUUACUUUUUGUCUUACUGAGCACAUUUAUGCCUUAUUUUUAAGAUCAAGCCUUGUGUUUAAUGUCAGUAUUGUAGUCAUAUCAUAUUAUUUAAAUACUUUAUUAUUUCCGUUUGUGAAAACAGUCAAUAAAGAUUAUAAUUUUCAAAUUUAA